AUGAUUACAUCUUGGAACAUGAGGGGGCUGAAUAAAUUGGGGAUGUUAAAGGAGAUUAGCUCCCGUCUCUUUAAUCUUCACCCUAAGAUUGCAAUCUUACUAGAGACAAGAGUUAAGCAUGACAAGGCGAGAAAAAUCAGAGAUCAGCUUAACCUCAAAGGACAAUAUCUUGACAAUUACAAAGAACAUUACAAUGGCAGAAUUUGGAUCUACUGGGAUGAGAGACAAUGUGAUGUCAGAGUGAUAAAAUGCACAUCACAGAUGAUACACUGUGGUAUCCAUGAUGUAAAUGGAGUAUUCCAAACCUGGAUGACAACUAUCUAUGCGCUGAACCAACUUGAGCAAAGAAGGAAACUGUGGGAAGACUUGAAACAAAUUCAUGACAGCCAACAGGGCCCUUGGUUCCUUAUGGGCGAUUUCAACAAUGUAACUAAAUCUAUGGACAGAAUAGGUGGGAACCUGGUGACUGAAAGAGAGUUUGAAGAUCUCAGAAGCUUGAUGGAUUAUGCUGGCCUGUUUGAGAAGGAUAGCACUGAAGACUAUUUUACCUGGAUAAAUAAACACUCUAUAGGUACCAUUUAUUCAAAAAUUGACCAUGUUCUUGGUAAUAUAGAUUGGCUGCAGGGAAAUAUUGAUUUGAAGUUGGAGAUUCUCCCUCCUAGUAUCUCUGAUCACUGCCUUUUAGGUUUGAAUGCUGUGAAGAUUAACAGAGCAGUACAAACAAAAUUCAAAUUUACAAAUAGUGUGGUGAAGAUAUCAGAUUAUCAUGACACUGUCAAACAGAACUGGAACAAAGAGAUUACUGGCAGACCCAUGGCUAGACUGUGGUAUAAAUUGAUGAGAUUGCAAGCUCCCCUAAGUAGACUGAGCAAACAGUUUUCAAACCUCCAGGAGACCAUUGUUCAAGCAAGGAAUGAUUUACUACAAACCCAGGAAAGUCUCAUAAUGGACAUAAUGAAUACUGAGAUCAUUGAGAAAGUUAAAACCUGUACUGAUGUAUUGACCCAUCUGCAAGAACUUUAG